CAAGUCCUCAAAUUUCCCAAUUCAAAGGGGUACCCAAAUGCCAGAAAGCUAAAAGUUCUUAAUAACAGAGCUCAAGCUUCAGGAACCAUUGAAUAAGUUUUCAUUGUAAAAGAGUAGUGAUAUUGGGUAUCAUGUAUACCUAUUUCACCCACUGCAUUAGUUUCCUGUCUGUUGCACUCCAUCUAUAAAAUUGUUUCCAUGUUAUCCAGUAAUCCAGUUAUUUCAGCAGACAUACAAGAUAACAUGGUGGUGGAAAGGAACUUUAAUGGCAGUUUAGCAUUAUGUGAAGUCAUAAUAUGCGGGGCACUAACAUAUAAACAUUCUACCGAGACCUCAGAAGAAUUGUAAUAUUUUUGAAAUAUUUUAAGGAAAGUUUCAAACUUGACCUCUGGUAGGGUGUUUCUAAAUCAUGUCAAUGAAGGAGGAACAUCUGUAAAUAUCCCUUAAAAUCUUCAAAAGAUGUAUGUACAUAUGCAUAUGCAAUGUGCAAUCUCUGGAGAUGUUUGAAAUGUGUCAUCUUGCAGAUUCAAUGCUCUAGAAGACUUUUCACGCUGAUGUUUAUUAGAAAUAACUGUUGUAGGAUAUGCCUCUAUAAAAUAUUUCAGGUUUUGCUUCUUUAUUACUUCAAAAUAUAUCAUUGGAAGUGUGGCUAUAGGUCAUCUGCAAAUAUUGCUCUGGUCAACCCACAAUAUUGCUGAACUAGAUACAUGAUUGAUAUUGCAAACACAAUUGAUGGAUGAGUUGACUUAGAGUUGUAAGGAAAGCAUAAUUGACACAGGCUAUCCAUUCCUAGUUCCUGUAACAAUUUUACUUGCAAUUGUGUCUUUAACCUAUUUAUGAAGGAAAUAGAUUCUUUUUAAUUCCUCUCUCCCCCUGCACGAUCUUGUUUGGGGUUUGCCAAAAUAUAGUCUUUGUAUAUCAUCCUUUCCCAUGUGUAUUGUUGUCUAUGGAUUCCUACAAGGAACAACAAAAGUCCGGUCAGAGACAGUUGAAGCAAUUUCAAAGAAAGAAGAUUGGAAAGAUGAGAAUGUUGUAUUUGUUGCUGGUGCUACUGGUAGAGUUGGCUCACGCACAGUGAGGGAGCUUUUGAAACUCGGGUUCCAAGUCAGAGCUGGCGUGAGGAGUGCUCAGAAGGCAGAAACUCUUGUGCAAAGUGUUAAACAAAUGAAGUUAGAUGUUGAAAAUGCAAGUGAAGGAACUCAGCCUGUAGAAAAGCUUGAAAUUGUGGAAUGUGACUUGGAGAAACAGGAUCGGAUUAGACCAGCAUUAGGCAAUGCAUCAGUGGUUAUAUGCUGCAUUGGUGCCAGUGAGAAGGAGGUCUUUGAUAUCACUGGACCAUACCGGAUUGACUACCUGGCUUCCAAAAACCUUAUUGAUGCAGCAACUGCUGCGAAAGUUAAACACUUCAUUUUGCUUACCUCAUUGGGAACAAACAUGGUUGGCUUUCCUGCUGCUAUUCUAAAUUUGUUUUGGGGGGUUCUGAUUUGGAAAAGGAAGGCAGAAGAAGCACUGCUAGCCAGUGGACUUCCCUACACUAUAGUGAGACCUGGAGGCAUGGAACGGCCCACUGAUGCUUACAAGGAAACCCAUAAUAUUGCCCUCUCACAGGAAGAUACUUUAUUUGGUGGCCAGGUGUCAAACCUUCAGAAGCAACUUCAAUUGAUGCAGGUAGCAGAGCUCAUGGCAGUCAUGGCCAAAAACUGCAGCCUUUCAUACUGUAAAGUAGUGGAGGUAAUUGCAGAGACAUCUGCACCAUUGACUCCCGUGGAGGAACUUCUUGCAAAGAUACCAUCUCAACGUGCUGACAUUUACUCUCGAAAGGAUCCAGGUGCUGCAGCUGGGCCUGAUUUAGCACCAUCUAAGACUGUCAAAUCCAAGGAACCAAGCCCUACCAUUGAGAAGGAGCCUUCCAGUGCAAAAGCGAUGGCGAGGCAACCCCUCUCUCCUUAUUUUGUAUAUGAUGACUUUAAGCCCCCUACAUCCCCAUCUCCUAAUGCACCUACCACGUCACUCCUCCCAACAUCGGAUGCGGAUGGUGGAUUCAACAUGGCUACGUUGUCAGUGAACAACAUAGCUCAAUCUCCAAAAGCAGAUAAACCAGGGGGUAAUCAGCACCAUACUGGACCGAAGCCAAGACCACUUUCACCUUUUACUAUGUACGAUGACUUGAAGCCUCCAACUUCCCCACUCCCAUCCCCAAGGAAAUCUUAGAGAAAUAUCUGCCCUACAACUUCAACAAGAACCAUUGAAGCAUCGCAAUUAAUGCAGAGGAAAGCAACUGCAAAUGCGGGAAUAGCUUCUAAUGAUAAUUCUUAUAUAAAUUUAACAUUGAUUCCUACGUAUAUAUAUAAGUGUUUAUUUUCUUUUUCUUUUUUUCUUUUACUUGUUUUUUUUGUAUUCUAAAUGUAAACUACAGCAAGAUCAGUUUGCCUUCAUAGAAUAAGAUUAAUACACUAUGUUUCCUA